UGUAUCCUCAGACCUGUCAUCUGAUGUAAAAAUGUUUGGGCCUGAUGGAUAAUUUGACUGAGUCUCAUGACGUUUGACUGGCUGUACAGUCACUUCUAACAACAGCCUUGUCGAGCUCUGUAUGGUUGCUCCAUCUUUACCUUUCAAAGAAAGCUUAACGAUCAUUUUAUUUCUGCAGGUACUAAUGGAGAUCACUCUGUGUCACUUAUCGAUCCCUUAUUAACUUAGUUAUUGUUCCCUUCAGUUAUUAACAGGAGUACAUCAACAAUAAAAUCUUUUUAAAACCUAGAACUCGUUCAAAAUACACAGAGAAAAGAAUCCAAAGAACAAAGAAUACACAUCCUCACAGGCAAAGUUAAAAGUCGAAGUUUGGAGGUCGUAAUUUUACCCGCGAUUACGAGGGUGUGAGUUACUAUGAAUGCUCCUGCUUCAUUCGAACCGUUCCUGCUUGCCGAUGGUGAGAAGAAGAUCUCCUUCGAAAAAGAUACCCAGGUUCCAAAUGCUGCCAUAUUUACUCUAAAUCGAGAGGAUCACACUGUUGGAAAUAUGAUAACAUGCCAGUUACUAAAAGAUCCAAGAGUAUUAUUUGCAGGAUAUAAAGCUCCUCAUCCAUUAGAGCACAAAAUUGUCAUUCGAGUACAUACAGCUCAUCCGGCGACACCUGUAGAUGUUUUCGUUUCUGCUCUGAAAGAUCUUAUAAGUGAGAUUUCGAAUAUAGAAGAGCAGUUCAGGUAUGGUAUAUUGGCUCAACGCACGUCUAUGCCAGGCUCUACGUUAAUGAUGGCUGAAUACUUGUAGCAGGAAAACUAACGUUAUUUCCAAACGAUUGAUUGUUUUAGUCAGAGAACCACUGUGAUAUACAUUAUGCAAACAAAAAGACAAAAACUGAUUACAGAAGCAGAUUUAUUUCACAACUUGAAAUACAUUAACUACUUUAGCCAAAAACAUUCAUUUUUAAAGUAAUUUUACACUUGAUGAUUGGCUAAAAAGUACCUCAUAAAAGGAACGGGUAUUACACAGAAAUACUACGAAGUCCAUUCUGCAUGUCGUGCUGAAGUAAGUUCACAUUAAUUCAAUUCAAAGAUUAGUGUCCUAAACAAUUGUCACACUAAAAUAAAAAUUAAUCUUAUACUGAGCAAAAUAUCACUGAAAAUAAAACGUAUGUUAUACUGAGGAGUUAUAAGGCUAAAUAAAAAACGGGUAAUAUUGAAUCAAAAUCACACCAAGUUAAGACGUGGUUCCAUCCUAAAAUAACAAAACAGCAAGAAAUGAAGGAUUAUUACGGCAAAUUUCUUUUUAUGGGAAGUAUUUUCUAAACUCUAACGCUUUUAAACAUAUGUACUACACAAUAAUGCAGUAAACAGCUAGACAUAUGGGUUUGCUUUACAUCAUAUCGAAUAAGUUCUGAAUGUUUCUCCUUCAUGUUAUACUAUUUACACAGUAUAUUCUCUGAUACCAACUUUGAACAUUUGUAAGAGUUUAGAAGAUGGUAUUUUUUAGGACGUUAUUCGUUAGCUAAUGGUAGUCAGUCUGUGUGGAUUACUUCCAGACUAAGGUGUGGAAUGUAGACGAUAAAGAUCCUGCUGAAAAUUGGGCUACUCACUUGCUAACACGAGAGUCCUUACAGUCGUCAUUGGCAUGACAAAAUGGCUGUUUGAUAUUUAUUGCUUUUUAACAAGUACUUUGCUAUCAAGCAAAAGACGGUUUACAUCAAUGACUGACCAGUUAUACAACUGUUGGGGACAAAGAAUCCUUGGACAGCUGUUUUAUCCUCGUAUGGAAUUCUCUACUAUUGCUUCGUAAUCCCUUUUUGUGACAAAAACCAAGACAUUCGGGCCUCGUGAAGACGUCAUUACUUUAGAUCACUAAGUUGGUAACCAAUUGUCAAUUCAUACAUAGAAUCCUUUUUUAGAUAUCCCCAAAAGUUGGUCAAUCCAUUAACAUGAACUAAGAAUAUUUGUUUAUAUAUAUUGGGAAAACUUCUUUUU